AUAUCUAACCCAUUUGCUUCAACGAAUUCUGUCCUUCGGAUUCAAGAUCCCCCACAAACGCUAAAACCCAUCCCACAUCGUAGCUGUACUAAAGAAGAAAUAAAAAACCAGUCGGUUUAGUUUCAACUUUCAAGCGCUUCCAUUAUCCUACUUCAUUUUCUUAACUGUUCUUUCAGUUUAAUUGCCUUCCUGCAGACGGCAGAGCAUCAACGAAGAAAGCAUUCAGGAACUACUUACCCAUCUCAACAUCUAUUUGACUCCAGAGUUUGGUAAGCAUCAAUUUUAUGGCGAUUGUUUUGCAAAUGUACGAAGAUUCAAAACAUCUUGUAGGAGGGGAAAAAUAAGAAUCCGGCAACUUUUCCAACCUCCUAAAUCCAUAACAUGAUGAAUCCCUCAAAUCUCAUCCAUCCCUCUAAGCCUUUUGUCUCUCCUCUGUAUUCCACUCCUCGCGUCAGGACCAAUUUUACCGAGAACAUUGCCAUUGAAGGUCGCAACCUCAGCUUCUCGGUUGGGACAAGGCAAGGUAAAACCAUACCCAUUCUUAAAGAUUGCUCUCUUCACAUUCCUUCGGGGCAGUUUUGGAUGCUUCUUGGACCCAAUGGUUGCGGGAAAUCUACCCUCUUGAAGAUUUUGGCUGGUCUGUUGAAUCCAACAGAUGGAACUGUGCAUGUGAAGAGGCCUAGGAGUUUUGUUUUUCAAAAUCCCGACCAUCAGGUAGUGAUGCCUACAGUAGAAGCAGAUGUGGCAUUUGGCCUUGGUAAGUUCAACCUAACCCCUGAUGUAGUCAAAUGUAGAGUAUCAAAAGCUUUGGAUGCUGUCAGUAUGUUGAACUACAUGCAGAGGUCAGUUCAGACUCUCAGUGGUGGCCAGAAGCAAAGAGUUGCCAUUGCUGGUGCUUUAGCUGAAGCAUGUAAAGUUCUGUUGUUGGAUGAGCUUACGACAUUUUUGGAUGAAAAUGAUCAGAUUGGGGUGAUCAGAGCAGUUAGGAAUUCUGUGGAUAGUUCUAGAGAAGUUACUGCAUUAUGGGUCACCCAUCGUCUCGAGGAACUUGAGUAUGCAGAUGGUGCUGUCUAUAUGGAAGAUGGGAGAGUUGUAAUGCACGGCAAUGCAAGAGACAUUAUGAAUUUCAUUACAACCAGGCAAUCAGCUUAUAUAAAGGAAAUCAAUUAUUGAGAGAUCAUUUGGCUCUUUGCGUUUAUAAUGAUCAAUUAAUUUCUGGUUUUAGCUUUGUAACUUGUUAGCUGGGGUCCAAGCUGUUAUAGGGUUUAACAUAUUAAAUGGUCAUAAACACUUUGAGCUACAAGCUCGUUGGCUUAAAAAAAAUCAGUUUUAACAGCCCAAUUUUAGAGCCUCUCAAUGGAGCAAAAGAUCAUUUACGUAUAUUUAUUCCAUCUGAGACGCAGAUGGAGAUGUAAACUGGGCUUUAGCUCCCAAAUUUGUACUAAAAACUUAUUCUACCUAAUCUCCCAAAUGUUAGGGAUGUCAUCAAAUCGCACUAUACUUUU